UAAGAACAUACGUUAACUUAGGACUUUGUAUAUUAACACGACUAAUUAAAUUUUAGAGUGUAAAAAUUACAAUAAAACUAUUUUCAGUUGGUAAAAUUUAAGGGUCGUUUCGAUGUGGAUUAACCGAACCGGACGAGACAGUAUGUUUAGAUUUUUCCUGGAGUUGGUUGUUUAUCAACGUAAUGAGAACGUUUUAAAGGAAAUCCCAUAACGUCAACAACUUCAAAAUCAACUAGAUUAACAAAAUGUUCUAUAUUUUAUUCUUUUAUUAUAAUACCGUCAGGUGAUUAUUAUAUAGCAAGAAAAAUGGUUUAUUUAACUCGAAUUGUAGGUUAUGCUAAAAAGGCACACUUCAAGCCUCAAAGAAAAUAUCUACAAAGUGGAUUCCUUGAUUUGCUUCGAUUUCAUGUGAGAGGUGGUACUGGAGGUUCUGGUUUAUCUAAGUAUGGUGGAAUAGGUGGAAGAGGAGGUGAUGUUAUUGUUAGAGCAAAAGAAGGUAUUACUUUGAGAGAUUUAUCAAAGUAUGUACAAAACAAGGAACUAGUUGCUGGGACUGGAUUUGAUAGUACAAAGAAAGGAAUUUUGGGAAUUGCUGGAGAGGAUAUAAUAAUCAAUGUUCCAUCUGGUGUAAUUGUAUAUAAUGAACAGACUAAAACUGUCAUUGGUGAAGUGAAUGAACCUGAUAAAACAUUAGUUGUAGCUCUUGGAGGAGUUGGUGGUUGUGCAGAAACUAAUUACAGUGGGCAAAGAGGAGAGUCUUAUCAUAUCAUUUUAGAUUUGAAGUUGAUAUCUGAUAUUGCUUUAGUUGGUUUUCCUAAUGCAGGAAAGAGUACACUAAUAAGAUCAGUAUCAAAUGCUAAACCAAAAAUUGCAGAAUAUCCUUUUACUACUGUGAGGCCACAUUUAGGAAAAAUUAUAUAUCCAGAUUUCCGUGAAAUAUUAAUAGCUGAUUUACCUGGAUUAAUUGAAGGAGCUCAUAAGAAUAUUGGAAAAGGCCAUAGUUUCUUGAAGCAUUUAGAAAGAACAAAAUUACUGUUAUUUAUAAUUGAUAUUCAAGGAUUCAGAUUGUCACCUAAACAUUGUUUGAGAAAUGCUUUAGAAACUGUCCUUCUAUUAAAUAAGGAGAUUGAAUUUUACAAACCAGAAUUACUAAGCUUACCAGCAAUUUUAUUACUUAAUAAGAUGGACACUAAAAAUGCUUCUAAAAUAUUAGAUAAUAUUAAACCAAAGUUAGAAAAUUUGGACAACUAUAGAUCAGAAUUCCCAGAUGAUAUUUGUCCAGAGCAAACUUUGAAGUUUGAAAAUAUUCUACCUGUAUCAUUGAUUAAUAAAGAUAAAGAUGAAAUGAAACUAAUCAAAGAUACCCUAAGAAUGAAUCUUGAUAAGAUACAAGAGUUAAAGGAUCUCAAAAUUGAAAAAGAAAUGCCAGAGCUCAAAUUGGUUCGAAAAUUAAAAAGACAUAUGACAUUACAUGCUCCCGUACUUGUGUGAAUGAUUUGAUGGUUUUCAUUAAAUUUUUACCAAUAAUUAAAUUAUAAUUAUUAUCAGCUAGUUGUAAAAAGUUUAUUAUAUUUUUACAGUAUGUACAGUAUGACUUGAAUAUUAAAUAGCUAUCUACCUAUAA